AUGGUCACAGUAUCCCUUGCCGUUUUCCAAACGGAUGUUGAGGUUAGUGAGAACAAAUGGAUGGCAGGUGGUGCUCUGCAUGUUGGCAUUUCGACGGCAAAUGGCACUUUGAGUAAGGUGAUUGUUUAUCGCGAUCGAUCUGGCGGUGUGUUCGAAAUUAGUGAAUCUGUCCAGAUUGAAGUUCAGGAAAAAGAAGGCCACAAUACGUAUCUGCUGCGUCGGAGCAGUUCUGCGAAGAACGAGGGGCCAUCUAUUGAGUUUGAAAUCACCAUCAACGGUCUGUCUGAUGGUAUCAAUGAGGGAGCCGCGUCUUUCACUGGAUAUAUUACAGAUCACUCCGUGCAACCCGAAAGCCAGGCUGUAAGAAGGCAGUGGAAAGGUUUAUUUAUUUGCUUCCGUCCUACAGACAUGGAGAUUAUCCGAGAUGGUCCCCGUGCCAUCAAGCCUGAGAUAGCGGAGCUGGUCCACCUGACCCCCUUCAAUCAGUCCCAUGAAGAUGAGGUGUCGGCGGCAGCAUCGAGACUCUUCCAACAAUUGGUCAUCGACUGUCAGUCCGAAAGAGGGAAGAACUAUUUCUUCCAAGGCCGUGAGACACCAGGAUCUCAUCUAGGAUCAAUGUCUUUAGCCGACCGGUUCGAGUACAUGAAGAUGGCGUCCGUUAAGCGAGACAACCAGGAGAUGUUCUAUCAGGCAGGUAUGCAUCUGCUUUGCCGAUCACUACGCAACGCCAAGUGGCUCGACCAAGAAUUUUCGAGCCAGUGCCAGGACCGCGUUGAAUCCUUUUUUCAGGGGUUGACGACAGCAGACACUGAUCAGGGUCGCCGGUAUCGAGAUUGCUUGCGCCGGUGCUACUCCAUCGCGUAUGUAUGUCUCCGUCCCGAGUCAACCUGGCGCCCGGCAUUGGAAAACCCUAGGGCUACAUUCGACUAUAUUGAGAAAGAACUACGCUCUGUGUCCUUCCGUGAACACUGGUUGUCGCGCUUUAUAAAUCUGGAGGACCAGCCUGGGACAGAGUCAUUGCGAACUUGGCUCUCCGUGCUGGGAGACAAAUUACUUCUGCUGAAGACAAUUGAGACUGGCCAGUUCCCAGUAGUCAACUAUCCACCAGAGAUCGAUAGCAUCGUGGACUAUCUACAGAAGCAGGCAGGGGAACUGGGUCUCCUGCGGGGCAGCUUGGUCGAUCCGGACACGCCAGGAAUCGAUUUAAAGCCUACACAGGUCUUCAAUGGAGAAAGUCUUAGAGAUCUCCAAAGUACGUAUCCCCUUGCGCCUUGCCCUUAA